UAUCUCUAGCAUGUUCUUUGACCAAUCAACGUUGAGGAAUGCUAAAUGUUGUUUCCCUUUAAAUGCUAUUUGGUCUAUUUCAAAUCACAAAUACGUUCUUAAAAUAAUAUGAAUAUUGAUUCAUGACCCCUCAAUUUCAUUCAAUUUGAUUCAAUUUGACUUGAAAAGUCACUCGACAAAUAAUGUUGGCUUAUGACUAUCGCUAGCACUCACAAUCAAGGCCGUACUCACAGAGUUUGCUAAAAAUAGAACAUGCUUUGAACAUCUUUGGAUUCAGGAUUGAUUGUAUGUUGAUUGUAUGUCGUAGAAACGCGAAGGAGUUGGUGCUGCUGAUAAUCUGCGUUUGAAAGUUAUUUAAUUGCGCGGCCGCCAUGUACCAGCUGUCGCCGAGCAGUUCGGGCGGCGGCGGCAGCAGCCGCGAGCUCGACUCGUACAUCGAGUCGCUGCGCUACCCCUUCUGCCACGACGUCUCCAAGUACGAGCGGAUGGCCAAGAUCGGCCAGGGCACCUUCGGCGAGGUGUUCAAGGCGCGCCUCAAGACGGACCGCUCGCGCAUCGUGGCACUCAAAAAGGUGCUGAUGGAGAACGAGAAGGAGGGUUUUCCGAUCACGGCGCUGCGCGAGAUCCGCAUCCUGCAGCUGCUCAAGAACGAGAACGUGGUCUCGCUGCUGGAGAUCUGCCGCGGCCCGGCCAACGCGGCCAACAAGCACCGUUCCACCUUCUACCUGGUGUUUGAGUUCUGCGAGCACGACCUGGCCGGCCUCCUCUCCAACAUCAACGUCAAAUUCAACCUGGGCGAGAUCAAGAAGGUGAUGCAGCAGCUGCUGAACGGACUCUACUACAUCCAUCAGAACAACAUUCUGCACAGGGACAUGAAGGCGGCCAACGUGCUCAUCACCAAGAACGGUGUGCUGAAGCUGGCCGACUUCGGUCUGGCGCGCGCCUUCAGCAAGAUCUCCGGGACGCGGAACCGCUACACGAACCGGGUGGUGACGCUGUGGUACCGGCCGCCGGAGCUGCUGCUCGGCGAGCGCAACUACGGCCCGCCGGUGGACGUCUGGGGCGCCGGCUGCAUCAUGGCCGAGAUGUGGACGCGCUCGCCCAUCAUGCAGGGCAGCUCGGAGCAGCACCAGCUGACGCUCAUCUCGCAGCUGUGCGGCUCCAUCGGGCCGGACGUCUGGCAGGGCGUCGAGGAGCUCGACCUCUACAACAAGGUGCAGCUGCCCAAACAGCAGAAACGCCGCGUCAAGGAACGCCUGAAGCCGUACGUGCGUGACGCGUACGCUUGCGACCUCCUUGACAGGAUGCUGACGCUGGACCCGGCUAAGCGGAUCGACUCGGACACGGCGCUGAACCACGACUUCUUCUGGACGGACCCGAUGCCGACCGAGCUGGGCCGCAUGCUGGAGCAGCACAAGCAGAGCAUGUUUGAGUUCCUGGCGCCGCCGCGGCGCGGUAUGCCCGCCCGGCCGGCCGUGCAACCGCAGCAGCAGCAGCGCGCCGUGGUCGACAACAUCUCCAGCUACCAGGACCGCGUGUUCUGAGACUGAGCAGUGCUCCGCCGCCGUGCCAAGUGACUUACCUCUGGCUGGCCGCAGGGGCUGUCCUCUGGCGAGUGGAGGCAGCGCCGCAGCGCCGACCAGAGCCCAAACUGUGAUAGGUGCGGCGCGUUAAGACGUCUUCAGCAGGCACAUCACACGAACUGGGUGCUGUGCAGCUACAUACAAUCCACAUGGCCCGUGAGUAGGCCAUGCUUUGUUAAUUGUGCUCUUCCAGGCACUGAAUCUGAUUUGUGUAUUGUAUAAUAAAAUGUAUGUUGUAGUA